CUCGGCAGCCCGCCCGUUCGCCGGGCUCCGCCCCGGCUCUGCGCCGCCGCCGCCUCCAGCAGCCGCCGCCAUGAAGCUGACCGACAGCGUGCUGCGGAGCUUCCGCGUCGCCAAGGUGUUCCGCGAGAACUCGGACAAGAUUAACUGCUUCGACUUCAGCCCCAACGGCGAGACCGUCAUCUCGAGCAGCGACGACGACUCCAUCGUGCUCUAUGACUGCCAGGAGGGCAAACCAAAGAGAACCCUGUACAGUAAGAAAUAUGGCGUGGACCUCAUCAGAUACACUCAUGCAGCAAACACAGUCGUUUACAGCUCUAACAAAAUAGACGAUACUAUCCGUUACCUGUCCUUGCAUGACAACAAAUACAUCAGAUACUUUCCUGGACAUAACAAAAGGGUGGUGGCCUUGUCCAUGUCACCUGUGGAUGACACUUUCAUUUCUGGGUCUCUUGAUAAGACCAUUCGGCUCUGGGAUCUCCGGUCUCCUAACUGCCAGGGUCUUAUGCAUUUACAGGGCAAGCCAGUUUGUUCUUUUGAUCCAGAAGGAUUAAUUUUUGCUGCAGGUGUCAAUUCUGAAAUGGUCAAACUUUAUGAUCUUCGCUCUUUUGAUAAGGGGCCAUUUGCGACAUUUAAGAUGCAGUAUGAUCGGACUUGUGAGUGGACAGGACUUAAGUUCAGCAAUGAUGGCAAACUCAUCCUCAUCUCCACCAAUGGCAGCUUCAUCCGUCUGAUCGAUGCAGUCAAGCGAGUGGUGAUGCAUACGUUUGGGGGUUAUGCCAGCAGCAAAACCGUCACACUGGAGGCCUCGUUUACUCCAGACUCGCAGUUUAUUAUGAUUGGUUCAGAGGAUGGCAAGAUCCAUGUCUGGAAUGGAGAGAGUGGUAUAAAAGUAGCUGUGUUGGAUGGCAAACACACAGGCCCCAUUACCUGUUUGCAGUUCAACCCCAAGUUCAUGACCUUUGCCAGUGCUUGUUCCAACAUGGCCUUCUGGUUGCCCACCAUUGAUGACUGACCUGCAUAGUGCUUGGCUGUUUUCUGUACAGCGAGGGUGGCCAGUAGGAAAAAACUCAGAGGGAACUAAGAUAAUAGUGAGAUUGGAUCAUUUGACUGGGCUGGAGAGCAUCCUUCCACAUGGCCUUCCCAAGGAUGUGCUGUACAUUUGCUCAAAAGAAAAAAAUUACUUUGCCAAGCUUCUUCAAAAGGACUCUUGGUGCGGCAGAUUCAAUCGGGACUCAGAUUUUCCAGCUGUCACUGCACCGAGCUCCUCCAGAGGAGUGACCAGACUCAUGACUAGGGUAUAGUGGGGCCCUCAAGACACCUUCAGUUUUGAAUGUAUUUGCUGCUGAGGAGUCGGUGAAGUUGUUAAUUCUGCACAUCCCUUUGCCCACCCCCAUAAAUGUGUGGGAAGCCACAGUUCUGGUUUUGAGAUGCUAGGGCAGCUCAGUGCCCCUUGCCCUCACCCUGCAUGUCUUGUUACUGGUUCUCCCUGUGUCAUUGUGGCAUUAUCCACAACGAUCAUGUUACUUAGGUGCCAAAUAUUUACAGAAAUAAGUCUCCAUAUAUCUUAGGGUCAGAAAGGGACAGAUACAGAAGGACCUUGCUUGCCAGGAAGCCUUGUGAGUUAGUCAUGUGAGGGUGGAUGAUCUGGGUGUGCCUCAGGCUCUUGGUGAGGGAGCAGGGGUAGCAGAUGAGUUCCUAGGGCUGGGAGGUUUAGCAGCAGCUUGGUGUGGUGCCCUGUCAUCAAAACAAACACACAGUCCUUCUGGGUGCCUGCCAAGUUUGGUUGUAUACAGAAGCAAGGUGGGCGUCUAUUUUUGUACGAGAUACAUCACACUUUUCUGUGGGCCAGUAUUGUGGAGUGAGUCUGAGUUGUUUAC